GUUUCAGCAACAUCUGGCAACCUUCCGGUUGGUCGGCAGUUAAAUGACAGCGCGAGCAGUAAGAGUUGUUCCCUAUAUCUCUACUGCACGACUUAAUCAUGUCGCUCCCACGACAGCUGAGAGAUGAAAGUGAUUUUGAGCAACUGCCACACAACGUCCCCGUGAGCGCCACCAUCGCAGACGUCGACGAGAAAAAGGGUUUUAUUGUCUACUAUCGCUUUGUAAUCGAGGUGAAGACUAAAGGAGGCAGUAAGUACCUGAUCUAUCGCAGGUAUAGUGAGUUCUACACCCUGCAUCAGAACCUGGAGCAGAAGUUCUCCCCAGAGUCUGCGUCAGGACCCUACACCGUUACACUGCCCACUCUACCAGGCAAAGUGUAUGUGGGCAACAAACAGGAAAUAGCAGAAAACAGGAUCCCGGAGCUCAACACAUACAUGAAGAGGUUGCUGUGUUUGCCUGUCUGGGUUCUUCUGGACGAUCUGAUCCGAAUGUUUUUCUAUCAGACGGAAUACGACAGCCUUCAGGUCCCCAAAGCACUCCGGCGUCUUCGGCCCCCGACACGCAAAGUAAAAACUGAGAAACAGCCCAAGACAGACCUGCUCUCUUCCCCCAGAGCCGAGGCCUUGUUUGACUUCAAUGGGAACGGGCGCCUGGAGCUGAGCCUGAAGAUGGGAGAGGUGAUCUUUCUCCUGCGCAGAGUCAACGCCGACUGGCUAGAGGGCACAGUUAAAGACAGGAUAGGCAUUUUCCCUGAGUCGUUUGUAAAGAUCAUUAAGCCUCUACCUGACAGUGACUCGGAUGAAGAGGGCGGGGCUUCCAAGAAAAAAGAAGGUCCAGGUUCUUACAGCUGCCUGCACUGCUUCAUGAUGCACCCUGAAGGUGUAGAUGAAAGGGAUGUGUGUGUAGAAGAAGACCUUUCCACCCAGCCAUCGUACUUUGACCUUCUUGAACGCAUGAGGGAGGUGUUUCAGGUUGAGGACAUUGCACUAAACUACCGUGACUCUGAAGGAGAUCUGGUGCGCCUCCUGGAUGACGAGGACGUGGUCCUCAUGAUACAAGAGAGCAAACGCCAUGGGUCAAAGGUCAAGAGGCCCGUCAACCAGUAUCCAUGGGAACUUUGUGUCACUCAUUCCAAUAAUCUGACUGUAUACAACAACGAGUACUGAAGGGUGUGUGUGUGUGUGUGUUGGCUUGUGUGUGUGAGUGAGUGUCUGUGUGUGUGUGUGUGAGUGUGUAUGAGUGAGUGUCUGAGCUUGUGUGUUCACAUUGCCUAUAAAUGAAGAUCAUUGAGUAUGUGUGCAUGUGUGUGCGUGCAUGUUUGUGUGUAUGCAUAUGUGUGUGGGUGGGUGUGUGCGUGCACGUGUGUGAGUGUCUGCCAAAUGCCAGAAAUGUAAAUGUGUGUGGUGUGUGUGUGUGUGUGUGUGUGUGUGUAUGUGUGUGUUGACUUUUGCAUGUGUGUGUCUGCCAAAUGGCGUAAAUGUAAGUGUUUGUGUGUGUGUGGGUGUGAGUAUGUGUGAGUGUGAGUGCGUGUAUGUGAACGUGUGAGUGUGUGUGCAUGUGUGGGUGUGCAUGUGUGUGCAUGCAGGGGUGUGUGUGUGUGUGUGUGUGUGUGUGUGAGUGCGUGUGUGUGCAUGCAUGUGAGUGUGAGUGCGUGUGUGUGAACAUGUGUGAAUGUGUGUGUGAACGUGUGUGUGAACGUGUGAGUGUGUGUGUAUGUGUGGGUGUGCGUGUGUGUGCAUGUGUAUGUGCAUGUAGGUGUGUGUGUGAACGUGUGUGUGAACGUGUGAGUGUGUGUGCAUGUGUGGGUGUGCAUGUGUGUGCAUGUGUAUGUGUGUGUGCAUGUAGGUGUGUGUGUGCGUGUGUGAACGUGUGAGUGUGUAUGCAUGUGUGUGGGUGUGUGUGUGUGUGCACGUGUGUCUGCCAAAAGGCAUAAAUGUAAAUGUAAAUGUGUGUGUGUGUGUGUGCGUGUGUGUGUGUGAACGUGUGAGUGUGUGUGUGUUUGUGUGUGUGUUCACAUUGUCUAUAAUGAAGAUCAUUCACUUAGGUUUGUGUGAUGCUACAUAUGUCAAAAUCCAUCGUCAUUCUCGCUAGCUAGCAGAACGACUAGCUCAGAGUUCAUAUUUCCAGUUGCCUAGCAACAGCGGGGCCUAUUAUUUAGAUGUAAUAAUUACAACCUGCAAAAAUUCUUAGAUUCCUGAAGUAUUAAGAUAUUUAUACAUAGCUUGACUUCCUCCUGCCCCAAAGGUUUGGUUUCAUAUUUCACAGAAGACUUUAUACAGAAAAAUCAUCCCACUACUGAGAGCAGCCUGCUCGCCAGAUCCAUCAUUAAUCCCUCCACUGUCUCAAGUCAUGUGACGAUGAUCAAGUAUACAAAUCACUUUCACAAAAUUCAGCCUGCAAGUCACUGAUCCCAUGUACUUGCCCCAUGUGUGUUUGUGUGUGUGUGUGUGUGUGUGUGUGUGUGUGUGUGUGUCUGAUUAUGUGUGUGUGUGUGUGUGUGUGUGUGUGUGGAUGCCCACUUUGUGUGCAAACCUUCUAAUUUCACUUCCUUUCCAUGGAAUAAUUACAACAGAAAGUUCUUGAAUAUUUCCUCUGCGACAGAGCAUGUGGGCUCACACACACACACACACACACACACACACACACACACACACACACACACACACACAAACACACUAACACACACCCACAAUAUCAUCAGAAGUGCCAAAAAUGACACAAUACAUUUCAUGUAUUUUGCUUAUGUGGAUUAAAUAUAAGUUGCUAUAUUAAUGUCAGCUUGUGAUUGUUGUUCUUUUACACAUUUUAACAGUGUUAAUAAAAUUAUCUAUAUAUUAAAUAAAUAAAUAAAUAAAUAAAUAAAUGCU